AUGGCUUGGUUUCAGUCAGCGCAGUCCUUUGCGGACAACACACCCUUCGACACGCUCAAGCGUCUCCUCGAAGCCGCUUUCUUUCGCGAUCCGGAGCCUCAGCCAGUCUCGGCAUGGAGAAUGAUCAUCGACCCUCCCAUGCCCUACAGCAUCACGCUCUUCUGUCAAGCCUGCCGCAUCAUCUCGCUGCUCAUCCUGCUCCCGAUCUUUUUGAUUGGGAUUCUCGACUUUGCUGGUUAUGCUGUCUUCAGAACGCUAGGACUGCAUCGACGAAGGGUACGCAUCCAACGUCAAACAAAAGCGGGCGUGAAAGUGCCCAUCGGACGAUCCAGCUCUCGACGACGCAACCCGCGCGUCUAUCGGAAUGACCGCAACCGCCCCACGGACCGCAGCAACAUACCAAGCAUCGUAAAAGCACCGCUGCUCUCUCCUGGCACCUACGACGCCGAGACGCUGCUCCGCCAACGUGCACGCAGCCUCAGCAUCGGCUCUGCCGAAGAGGAGGCAGCAUGGGUCGCCAGCGGUGGUCAACAGGCAAGGCUCAGCACGCUCAAUAAGGACGCAGCCGACGCAUCGCUCACUUCGGCCGACAGCGAGAAUGGAUCGUUGGGCGAUGCUGACACAGAUGGCGACGCAGGGCGCGACUACUUUGGCCGUGCGCCCAGGGUGGGUGUCGACGGAGCAAUGGGGCUGGCCGAUACGGAUGUGGAUGAGAGUGGCACCGAGAGCGGUCUUGACAGCCCAGUGCAGCGAUUCUCGCAGCUCAAAGGCUCCAGACGAAGAGGUCUGUCGGGGGGUCUCAAUUUCACACCUGUCAGUCCGUACCCGCCUGCGUCCCCCGCCGCGCCCAGCCACCACUACGAACAAACGAUUGCCGACAACGACGCAUCGAACAGCGCCAGCGUCGUGAGCCUCUCGAGCGAUUCCCCCACCUCAUCGACCAACGACGAUCGACCCCUCACUACGGGCAGGAAGCAUGUCAACAAGAACGACGGCGACGGGUCGAGCUCCAACAUGAGUUCUUCAUGGAUCGGCGUCGAAGCUGACGCGGGCCAGGAUGUAAGCCCCGCUCCUCCGCUCACGGUCGAUCCUGUGCAGGCCGCCGCUGCGGCUGGCUUGGAACCGGACACGCAAGUGGCGUAG